UGGAGGCUAUUUAGACAGGAGCAGAGUGUGUUGCAUCGUUUAUCACAGGGCAUUGCAGCAUCACAGGGGAGCCUGACAUUCCCAGCAGCAGGGAGCCCCUCUCACCCCUCCCUCCACAGGAUUUAUUGAUUAUUUGGACUUGCAAUUAAGUUGUUCUGAUGAUGUUACCAAGCCCAGCCACUUCCACACCUUUCUCUGUGAAGGACAUUCUCAACCGGGAGCCUGGCCACCAGCAGCAGCAGCCGACCAGGGGGCACCUGGCUCAGGACCUGGAUGUGGACUUCCACCAGACUUCAUGCAUGCUGGCAGCAGGGGACAGGGCUGGCUAUUCUGAGGGGGUGGACAAGCUCUCCUACCUGACCUCUAUGGGGGCUUCUGAGGCCCAUGGGGAGGUGGGGGCCUCUGCUGACAGGUAUGUCCAUUCUGCACUCCGAGACUCCUGUAACCCUAAAGAAGAAGAGGAGGAUGAGGAGGAGGAAGACCCGCUGAGUGAAGGGGCUCACAAGGCUUGCUACAUGAAGAAGUCCCCCCAUGGUGAGGAGAAGCCGGAGGAGACAGACAGGCCCAAGCAGAGGAGCCGCAGGAAGCCCCGAGUCCUCUUCUCUCAGGCCCAGGUCUUUGAGCUGGAGAGGAGGUUUAAGCAACAGAGGUACCUGUCUGCCCCAGAACGGGAACACCUGGCCAACAGCCUAAAACUCACCUCUACCCAGGUGAAGAUCUGGUUCCAGAACAGGAGAUACAAGUGCAAGAGGCAAAGGCAGGACAAGUCUUUGGAAAUGGGCAACCACCACCCACCGCCACCCAGGAGGGUGGCAGUGCCAGUGCUGGUGAGAGACGGCAAGCCGUGCAUUGCGGGCACCCAGAGCUAUAACAGCGCCUACAAUGUAGCAGCUAGCCCCUAUUCCUACAACAGUUACCCGGCAUACAGCUACAGCAACAGCCCCUCCUGUAACACUAACUACAGCUGCAACUACUCUGGGAUCCCUUCCAUCCAGCACAACGCAGGGAAUAACCCAUUUGUCAGCAUGAGCAACCUCAGCCAGCUGGGCAACACCGCACAGCCCCAGAGCCACACAGGGCCAAUGCCAGCAUGCCAGGGGACUUUACAAGGGAUCCGGGCCUGGUAGUACUGGCUGUGACGCUUCUGUGUUGGACAUAAGGGAGUAUAUGCUCAGGUGGUGGGCGCAGAGGCAGGUGGCUAGAGACCGCCAGAAUCCAGGGGCCGCAGAGUGCCCACUGGUCACUGCUGUCAGACACUGUGUUACCUGGGCUAUGGAAGAUAGAGGAGGAGGAGUACACUGAGGUAUUACCGUCCUCCAUAACUCCCAAAGCGCGAUAUUGAAGAUAUAGCUCAUUAUUAAUAACUGGUGCAGAUCAGCAUUAUUAUAUCCUUCCACCACAGCACUAUAUCAGCCGCCUGAUGACCACAUAUGUCCUGAUAUCAGUCUGCAUGUGGAACAGUAAAUGCAAUAAUUCAGGUAUAGUUAGUCAUGCGAACCAGACUGAAAUGUAUUAUACUGUUUACUGAGCGGAGAAAAAAUCCCUACCAACCUCAUCCAGAACAAAACAUUGCUCACCUGUCUAUAUCCAUAUCUAUAUCUAUAUAUAUAUCUAUAUCUAU